AGUCAUGGAUCUAAGCCGACCAAACCCUUAACUUUAAGCAAAUACUUCAACGUCGAAUCAACAGGAAAGUGACCUCUUUUCCACUGUUUUUCCCAAAUUAUGAUAGACCUGUGUGAUUGAGCAAAAUUAAACUGUGACAGUGAUUGUAAAAAGUGGUCAGUUUCAAAGGAUAUUCCAGAAAGUGAAAAGGAUUUCCGCAAAAUGGUAACACGAAGACGUGUAUGUCUUCAAUUGUGGUUGCCGACCGUACUUACAGUCAUUUUUGUUCACUGCGCAAGAGGACAGUGUCCAUGGAAGGAUUCUCCAGAUUUGCAAGCCACCUGUGUCUGUGCUUUUAAUUUGGCUAGACAACUUUCCGUGCAGUGCGAUCAGGUUGAUUUUCCCGUACUACUAGCUGCCCUCAAUUCAAGUGCAAGGAAAAUUUCUAUAGAUCUUUUAUAUAUUAAUAAUUCAACAAUUUCCACCAUCACGAAUGACAUGUUCGAGAAUUUGGCGAUACACAGCUUACAAAUAUCCGGUUGCAAAGUCAAGAAAAUAGAAAAUAAUGCCUUUAAAAGUCAAGGCCAGUAUUUAAAGAAUUUGAACUUGCAGGACAAUGAACUAACAGAGGUGCCAGUAAAAGCAUUGAGAGUUUUAACAAGUUUGUCUCUUCUGGAUAUAUCAAAAAAUAAAAUAUCAUCCAUCGAAAACUAUUCCUUUUCGACGCUCCAAGAUUUAACGACUUUAAAGUUAUCUGAUAAUAAUAUAACUUUAGCACCUCAUGCUCUGUCUGGUUUGGAAAACUCUCUUAAAAAUCUUAAUCUAAAAGGAACAAAACAGAAAAUUGUACCUGAAUGUAUAAGAGGACUCCAGAGCCUUGCGUUUCUAGAUCUUUCUCAAAACAGUAUAAGGGAAUUGCCAGGACCAGAUGGUAGCCUUACUUUCGAUGGAUUAGAUUCCCUUACGGCUCUCAAUUUAGAAAGAAAUUUACUAGUCAAUUUAAAAAGAGACGCAUUUACAGGUAUUAAAAAUACAUUGAGCUCGUUAAGUUUGUUAAAUAAUCUAUUGCCCGAAUUUCCAACUGAAGCAAUAGCAACAUUGUCAGACCUCAGAGUCUUGGACAUAGGAUUUAAUCUGCUGAAUAAACUACCAACAGAUGCCUUUUUUAACAAUCCAUCUAUAACUUUACUAGCAUUGGACGGAAAUCCGCUACCAACAGUCCCGGAAAAAGCACUGGCUCACCUUAACCACACGCUCAGAGGACUAAGCAUCGGCGGAAGAUUCUUAAACUGUGAUUGCCGCCUGCGAUGGAUAAUUGAAUGGAUUCGUAACGGCGAGUUGCAAGUUACCUCACGCGAGAGAAACCCUCAAUUUUGCGGUAAUCCACCUCAUUUUCGCGAACGUGGAUUUUAUAGUUUUGAGCCCAACGAGCUUGUUUGUGAUCUAGAUACAGCUAUGAUAGCAGCAUCUCCAUCAACUAUAACAAAUGAAUUCAGUACAAGUCAUAUCUCAACUUCUACCAUUGUGACAGAGCCAACCACAUCUAGUAGCACAACCGCAUCGAGCAAUGCAGGAAUGACUAAUACCAGUGAGACAACAAUUGCCGCAAUACCUUCGACAACGGCUGUUCCUAAAACAAGUCGUGUCCCAUCAAUUCGGCCAGCUGCACCUACGUGGCGUCAUGCAUCACACCAAAGACCACCCCUUGUAAUGAACUUUCCUCAGCAGAAACCAAAUAUAGACGAUUCUAACGAAGUCAUUGUUAAAAAUGCUUACAGACAAGACAAUUCAGUUAUAAUCCAAUGGGAUUCAGAUGUGGCUAACAUCCUAGGCUUCCGCGUCGUAUAUCGUCUUUUUGGCGACAAAAGCUUUAAACAGGGUCCCCCACUUGAGGCUAGCGAAAGAGAAUUUAAAAUCAAAAAUGUUCCAUCCCAGGAAUGCAUUGUUGUUUGCGUGAUAUCAUUAGAGGAAGUGCAUGUGAGUCCAGAAACGGUACCAUAUUCACAGUGCCGUGAAGUACGAACUGUGUCCGCUGCCGCUACUAAUAUGGAUAAAAUAACAAUUGCAGCCAGCGCAGCUAUAUGUGGAACUAUUGUGGUUGCUGUUCUCGUGUUUGCGGCUGCGUCUCGGCGCCGCUCACGAACUGUUCACCGAUUGCACAAUCAAUUACCCGAAAAAAUGUCAAAUCCAUGUUGUGGGGGCCUCACUGGAACGCCAAGCCCUAGUGGGCCGCUGUCUUCGCUAGCCACACUUGGCGCAUUCGGAAAACAACGCGAAUGGGAUCAAGUUUCAGCAUAUAGCGCACGUUCUAUACCUAGAGCACGUUCUUAUACUGAACCGGCCGCGCCAGAACCAUUACCAGGACGUCCAGGGCGAGCCCGUUCGCUUGCCGAUGGACAGUCGUCUCAACACAGCUAUUCACAUUCCGGUCGUUAUGGAGCUCCGGGAUACCCAGGAAGUUUACUAGGAUCUAGAACCGAUCUUCGACAAUCUCGACAAUCUUUGGGAGCAGCAUCGGAGCGAGCAUCUCGUUUAUCCCUGAGUGGGGCUGCAGGAGGGGCGACCAGUGGCACGGCCGGGUCGAGGAGGAGGCCGAGAUCACGUUCGCGGCCUGCCAGUAGAUAUAGCGUAGGUUCCCUAGGAUUAGGAUAUUGCGAUACCUCAGAUAACUGGACAGACCACGAUAUGGAUAUUUACAUGGCGCGUAAUGCGACUACUAGAGGUGGUCUAGUGCCAUUAUAGCGCGCGGAAGACGCGGUGAGUGGAGAGAUACAGUGGCGUAAGCCCUGCUCACCGCCCCAGAGAGUUGCCAAGACCCGAGCUACAUGGAGCUCGCACAAAGCCCAUAUCUGCCCCCGCCGACACGGUCAUCAUCACAUCGGCAGAGUCCAUAA